AUGAUACUUCAGAGCCUGUGCAUCUUGUGUCUCUUGCUCUGCCCUUCCUUAGGGCUUUGUCCUUUACCUGCUGACGUAAAGGACGUUGAGGGCAACAAGCUCUGUGCCCGUCUAUAUGAAAACAGCAGCCCCUACUAUGACAAGUGUUGUGAGGGAGAUUAUAUAGAUGUCAAGCCUGGGGAUGACGUUCCCUACAUUCCCCUAAAAUGGAACAACCGCAUUUCAUCCCUUGUAGUGGGCACCCGAUGUGAGCUGACAGUUUGGUCAAAGAAACCAAAGGAUGGGUACACCAAAAAGUUCACGGCUGGUGCACAACCUCGUCUUAAGGAGGUUAAGAAGGGCCUACUUGGAGACUGGGAAGAUUCAAUCUCAUCCUAUUACUGCAAAUGUAACUAA